AUGGCUUCCUCAAUGCUUUAUGUGCCAAAUUCUAGCAUUUCUUGUGCUACAUUUACAGCAGAUCCUGUGAGACGACCACGUUCCUCUUUAACACAAGUGUCCUUUGUGAAAUCAUCGAAUGAUUUCAGUUCAUAUAAGCAAUCUUCUGUACUUAGUGCACCCACAAGAAUCACUAAAGCCAUGGAGUCGAGAUUGGCUCGUGUUUGGAGAGAGAUUCAGGGAUUGAACAACUGGGAUAACCUAGUUGAACCCUUGGAUUCUCUUCUUCGAGAGGAGAUCAUUCGGUAUGGUGAAUUUGUUACUGCUUGUUACAAGGCCUUCGAUCUCGACCCCGAGUCAAAAAGGUACUUGCAUUGCAAAUACGGAAAGAAAAACAUGCUGAGGGAAGUUGGAUUGGGUGAUUCAGGUUAUGAAAUCACCAAGUACAUAUAUGCAACACCUGACAUCAACAUUCCAACCCAAAAUGACUCAUGCUGUGGCAGAUGGAUUGGAUAUGUUGCAAUGUCAAAAGAUGAAGAGGUUCGUAGACUUGGAAGAAGAGAUAUAUUAAUCACAUUCCGAGGAACAGUUACGAACUCCGAAUGGGUUGCGAACCUAAUGAGUUCGUUGACACCGGCUCGACUCGAUCCCAACAAUGAUCGGCCUGAAGUAAUGGUGGAAGCUGGUUUUCUAAGCUUAUAUACUUCCGAUGAAAGUGCUUCCAAAUUCGGGAUACAAAGUUGUCGUGAACAACUUCUAUCGGAGAUUUCAAGGAUUCUCAACAAGUUUAAAGGCCAAGAUAUGAGCAUAACACUUGCUGGACACAGCAUGGGAAGCUCUCUUGCCCUUCUUCUAGCAUAUGAUAUCUCAGAACUCGGAUUGAAUAAGGAUGUUUCAGGUAAUAAAGACGUGCCAGUAACAGUAUUUUCCUUUGCAGGUCCGAGAGUUGGAAACUCUGGUUUCAAAGAAAGGUGUGAAGAACUAGGUGUAAAAGUUCUUAGAAUUGUAAACAUCAAUGACCCCAUCACAAAAUUACCUGGGGUUUUUUUCAAUGAAAAUUUUAGGGUUUUCAAUGGGAGAUAUGAGUUUCCUUCGAGCUGCUCAUGUUACGCCCAUGUCGGCGUAGAAUUGCUUCUCGAUUUCUUUAAGAUGCACAAUCCUUGUUGUGUUCAUGACUUGGAAACUUACAUCAGCUUGCUAAAAUGUCCAAAGAGUCUGCAGGUGCAAAGGGAAGGCACUGAUUUGAUUCACAGAGCCAAAGAGCUUCUUCUUAAUGCACAAAGAUUCUAUGCGUUGCAAUGGAGAAAUGCAGCUUUAAAUAUGGUGAAUUUGUUUCAGUCUCAAUGGACAGAAGAAAUAUUUAUACUAACAAUUAUUAACAUUUCUUGUAUGUCUGAACUCGUCUGCCUUGUUCAUAUAUUUUGUUGGUGGAGGAGUUCAUCUUUUAACCUAAUGAUAUGA